GGUGCUGAGCAGCUUGUAGUGCCCAGCAUUCUAUCUCUGCACUCCCGGAAGCUGGCUGCAGCAUGUCUCCCGGUGAUGUUACUUUUGCUGUGUUCCUGCUGUGCACAACUAGUGCCAUGCUCUGCAGCGCAUCAGAGAGCACCAAGCUACAGCACAAGGAGGCACAGCACCUGCCUGUCAGGCUGUUUACAGAUGAGGACCUGGCCAGUCAUAAUGGAGACAAGGACGACCAGCCUAUAUAUAUGGCAGUGAAAGGAUCUGUGUUUGAUGUCACUUCAGGAAAACAAUUUUAUGGAAAAGGAGCUCCGUACAAUGCGCUUGCAGGCAAAGACGCUACAAGAGGAGUUGCAAAAAUGUCACUUGAACCAGCAGACCUCACUUAUGACACUACUGGACUUUCUGAAGAAGAGCUGAAAUCCCUGGAUGAAAUCUUUGAGAAUGUAUACAAGAAAAAAUACCCCAUUGUUGGAUACACAGCUCGACGGAUCUUAAAUGAAGAUGGGAGCCCCAAUCCAGACUUCAAACCAGAAAAUCAGCCUCAAUUUAGUAUCAAAGAUGAGUUUUGACAUAAAAAGGACAUGGGUUUAAAUAUUUAGAAUACUAAUUGUACCAUCAUUUGUUAAAUACCAUAAACAUUAAACAUAUUUUUUAUAUACACAGGGA